CUAAAAGCAGCAGAGAUGGCGCUCACUGUCCCCGGCACUCAAGGCUCAACUUACCCGGACAUCGUGGAGCUGAACGUGGGCGGCCAGGUGUACGUGACCCGGCUGGACACCCUCACCGCGGUGCCCGACUCUCUCCUGUGGACGAAGUUCAGCCAAAGUUCCCCGGAAGAUUUGCCCAAAGACAGCAAGGGCCGCUUCUUCUUCGACCGCGACGGCUUUUUGUUCCGAUACAUUCUGGACUACUUGCGGGACUCGGAGCUCUUUUUGCCGGAGUUCUUCAAGGAGAGGCGGCGGCUCCAGAAGGAGGCGGACUUCUUCCGACUGCCGGAGCUGUCCAAGCGCCUCGGCGAGGAAGACAGCUCCCUCGCGGAGGAUAGCACGGAGCCGGAGGACGCGGAGCUCCUCAGCCCGGCCACGACCCCUUCCCCCUCGGACAGAACGCCGCGCUCGCCCGGGUCCACUUCCGGGUACAUCACCGUGGGCUACCGGGGAAGCUACACCAUCGGCAGAGACAUCCAAGCGGACGCCAAAUUCCGCCGGGUGGCCCGAAUCACCGUGUGCGGCAAGAUCGCCCUCACCAAGGAAGUCUUCGGGGACACUUUGAACGAGAGCCGAGACCCGGACCGACCCCCGGACAAGUACACGUCCAGGUACUACCUCAAGUACAACUUCCUGGAGCAGGCGUUCGACCAGCUGGCGCAAGCUGGCUUUCACAUGGCGGCGUGUAGCUCCACCGGGACUUGUGCCAACAGCGACCCCGGGGAUGACAAGAUGUGGACCAGCUACACCGAGUAUGUUUUCAGCCGGUAACUGCUCAUGUGUAGACACAAAAUUGUACCUUUAGGUUUAGACCCCCAUGAUAACUUAUGUUUAGACACAAAAUGGUAACUUAAUGGUUAGACCCAACAUGGAAGCGUAUCAUUUUUAUAAUGUUUGGACCCUAAGUGGUAACUCCUAGUGUUU